AUGACCAAGACUUUUGUUAUUACUGGUGCUUCUCGUGGACUUGGCCUGGAAUUUGUAAAGCAGUUGAAAUCCAAGGGUCAUACACUAUUCGCUUGCGUUCGCAACCCUAAUAGUUCCAGUGAGCUCCAAGCUCUUGCUGGCCAGAAUGUACAUGUCAUUGAACUUGACACAAUUAAUACAGAAUCUGUUGCUGCUGCAGCCCAAAAGAUUGCCGAGCUUUCUCCUAAUGGAAUUGACGUUCUUAUAAACAAUUCUGGUAUUAUUGCUGAUAGGAAUGACACCGUUGAGACCAGUUCUGGCAAAAGUUACUUGAGCGUGUUUGAGACCAAUGUGGUUGGAACAUCCAAUGUUACUCAAGCCAUUUUGCCUUUGCUGCGCAAGGGAACUGAUCGUCGUAUAAUUAACAUUUCCUCCGACUUCGGUUCAAUCGCUUCUACCGAAGUUGCCACAGUGCCUUCCUACCGUAUCUCCAAGGCUGCUGAAAACAUGCUCACCAAAUUGUUUGCCAAUCAUUUAAAGGACGAGAGCUUCGUUGUCGUUUCUAUUCAUCCUGGUUGGGUCCAAACUGACAUGGGAGGUAGCGACGCCACACUCACUACACCUCAAUCAAUUGGAGGUAUCCUCAACCAAGUCGAGAAACUUACAACAAAAGACAACGGAACUUUCAUUGACUUCCAAGGAGCUUCCUUGCCUUGGUAG